AUGAACUCCACCUCCUCGGGCCGCCGCGCCCCCUCAUCUUCGGCCGCGGUCGCCUCGUCGCCAGGCCAGAAGCGGGCGAGGGAUGAGGCCAGCAGCGGGUUCCCAUCCGACCCCGACCCCGCCAAAAACCCUCGCCGCGCUUUCGCCUCCUCCCCGUUCGCAGACUUCGGCACCUACAUGGCCGCGAAGAACAGCAAGCUCGCCGCGCAGUUCGACGCCGACGCCUCCACCUCCGGCGCGGCCGCCGGCGGUCUAUUCGAUGGCGUCUCCAUCUUCGUCGACGGCUUCACGGUCCCUUCUAGCCAGGAACUGAAAGAGAUUAUGCUGAGCAAUGGAGGCCGGUUUGUCAACUACUUCUCCAGGCACACGGUGACACACAUUGUUUGCCGCAACCUGCCUGAUAGCAAAAUGAAGAAUCUGAGAGCAUUCAGCAAGGGACUUCCUGUUGUGAAGCCAGCAUGGGUGGUGGAUUCCCUGGCAGAGAACCGGCUCCUCAACUGUGCUCCGUAUCAAAUAAAUCAGAAUAGUUCUUCAAGCCGAAAGCAGAUGAAGCUUUCUGCUUUCUUUUCUGAGAAACAAAAUGGAAUGCGUCACAAGGGAGAACAAAACAACCAAAAUAAGGAUACUGAGUUUCAAUCUUCGUCUGCUCAGGAGGGAUCACAAUAUCAAAGUGGGGAUUGUGAAAGUGAAGCUUCAAUGGAUAAUUUGGAGUUAUCAAAAGACUUGUUAUCCUCGGAUGAACAGAAGGCAUCAGCAUUUGAAGAAAGAGAGAGCGGAGAUUUCACAGUUGAUGAGGGUGAGUAUGAUUGUGAAACUGCCUGUUCAGAGAGCCGUAAUGACACAGAUGAUAACCUUGGUGUGCCUCAAUCCCCUGAUGCAAAGUCAAGGUGUUCAAAUUUAUGCAGUACAAGCUCUACAGGCAGUCAUUUGUCCUUGCCAUUGGAGAAAAGUGCAGCUAAACCUUCUGGCCGACCACAUUCAACCCUAACAGAUCCGAAUUUUGUUGAGAACUAUUUCAAGUACUCUCGACUGCACUUCAUUGGGACAUGGAGAAAUCGGUAUCGAAAGCGCUUCUCAAAUUUGCUAGAAGCUAAAGGCAUUAAAUCGAGUGCUGAUCAUUCAGGGAAGAAGAAAACAAUCAUUCAUAUUGAUAUGGAUUGCUUUUUUGUGUCUGUCGUCAUCAGAAAUAUGCCAGAGCUGCAUGAUAAACCAGUAGCAGUUUGCCAUUCGGACAAUCCUAAAGGAACAGCAGAAAUAUCGUCAGCAAACUAUCCAGCUCGAAAUUAUGGGAUAAAGGCUGGCAUGUUUGUUAGAGAUGCUAAAGCUCGGUGCCCUCACCUAAUGAUCGUUCCUUAUAACUUUGAUGCUUAUGAGGAGGUUGCUGAUCAGUUCUAUGGUAUUUUGCACAAACAUUGCAGUAAGGUUCAGGCUUUGAGUUGUGAUGAAGCUUUUUUGGAUAUGACUGAAUGCUUACAUGACAAUCCUGAGGAAGUAACACAGAGAAUAAGAAGUGAGAUUUUUCAUGCAACAAAGUGUACUGCUAGUGCAGGUAUUGCUGAAAACAUGCUCCUAGCUCGGUUAGCUACCAGAUCUGCAAAGCCUAAUGGACAAUGCUAUAUUCCAUCCGAAAAGGCUGAUGAUUAUCUGAGUAGUCUCUCUAUCAAAGCACUUCCCGGCAUUGGUCAUACGGUUUCAUUUAAACUGAAAAGCAAAGAAAUUGAAUAUUGUGGCCAACUUCGCAAUGUUCCAAAGGAUGCCCUCCACAAGGACUUCGGAAAAAAGACUGGUGAUCUUUUAUGGAAUUAUUGUAGAGGAAUUGAUCAUUCAGUUGUGGGAUCUGUUCAGGAAACAAAAUCUGUGGGUGCUGAAAUCAACUGGGGAGUCAGAUUUAAUGACAACAAAGAUGCUGAGCAUUUUCUUAACAACCUCUGCAAGGAGGUUUCUCUACGCUUGCAGGGGUGUGGAGUUCAGGGACGUACUAUUACUCUUAAGGUGAAAACAAGAAGGGAAGGUGCUGGGGAACCAAUAAAGUAUAUGGGAUGUGGUGACUGUGAAACCACGAGUCGUUCUAUGACGAUUGCAGGCGCAACUGACAGUUUUGUCACUCUUCAGAGAAUCGCAAAACAAUUAUUUUCAGCUCUUCGUCUUGAUGUGAAGGAAGUUCGUGGAAUUGGACUGUCACUGUCCAAGCUUGAGCACGCAGAUUUGGGUCGGGGAGAAGGAAAUAUGCUUGAAUCAUGGCUUGCUUCACCAGCUGCCAAGCUCAAGAAACACCAGAGUGAGAUGCUGGGGAAUGUUGAUGUUGCAGGGACUAGCGGACUGCAGGAUUCGAGAAGAUCUGGACCAUCACAUACAGCAGAAGUGAACCUUAGAAGUGAUAGGUCUACUGUAGUUCACAAUGUCGAGCUGCCUCCAUUAUCCCAACUUGAUUUGGAGGUCCUGAAGAACCUUCCCCCAGAGAUAAUGUCUGAAAUGAAUGAAAUGUACAAGGGAGAAUUACAAGGUCUUGUGGACACCCUCGAUAGAGAUAAGGGCAAGGAAAAUAGUUCAAAAUCUCUUGCUUUGCCAGCAGUUACUUGUAAUUCUGUACCUGGCGAUUCAAAGCUUCAAGGAUACAGAGACCAGAAAGACUCAAUGCAUUCCGAGGAGGAACAUACUAAGGGAAAAUUUGACGAACAGCUAUCAGAAGCUAAAGCAGCCAAUAAUGCUUCAUGCUCAAGAGCUAGUGCAUUAGUUGAGAAAACAACAAAAAGUGUUACACAGCUUGAUUUGAUGCCUGAUUCACUAAGCCAGGCAGAUCUAACAGUUCUGCAGGAAUUACCUGAGGAUGUAAAGGCUGAUUUGUUUAGUGCACUUCCAUUACAUAGAUCAGGAGAUCCUGCAUACAGCACUUCCAAUGUAUCUGAAAGUAAAUCACCUAAUGUUGCUAGAGCUGAAAAUAGAUCUCCUAAUGAUGGUGGAGCUGAUGAUCCAAAAAAUCCAAGGACUUUUCUCCCACCAGGAAGUUCUCAAAAAUGGAUUGAACAGUUUAGAGUUAGCAAUUGCCUGAUUUUGAAUGUAAUUGCAGAGCAACACACAGAUUCCAGCUGUCAACGACCAUUGUCUUCUGUUCUAGAGCCUGUAGCUUCGUUCCUACUUUUGUGUCCUAACUCAGGUAGUGAAGAAUGGAAUGAAACUCAUUCAUGUCUCUCCGAGCUUCUUAGACACUACAUACAACUGAAAGUUGAAGAUGAUAUUGAAGAGCUCUACAAAUGUUUUUGCCUUCUGAAAAGAUUCUCGUCAGCAUCAGAGUUUUUUCUGGAACUACAUGAUAGCAUCCUUCCUUUCCUACAGAUCAAUAGAUGGCAUGUGGCUCGAUGUUUCAUUCAUAGAGCAAUGGUUUUAAGGGACCUUUGCUGUGAUUUGAUGUACCCAGAUGAAUUUCAUAUUUUUUCACGUAACCCAGAUGAAUUUCAUGCUAUCUUUGCGUUGCUACCAAAAAGGUGCACAUGA